GUGGCGAGUCAGUGUAUGUCGCACAUUGAUGACGCGGUGCUAGCUGUGUGCUACGUUAGCUGCUUUGGCAUCACAUAUUGUAUCAACAGACUGUCUUCACAAGAUAAGAAAGGAGAUGUCGUCUUUGUGUGGCACCAGCAACAGUUGCCAAGAUGCAGGUCAACAGCCAGCUGAGAAACAGGAGAAGGAGCAUCCUCGUCUUCUCAUCCCGGAGUUGUGCCGACUCUUCUACCAGCUGGGAUGGGUGACGGGGACGGGCGGCGGCAUCAGCCUGAGACGAGGAGAGCAGAUCUACGUUGCACCAUCAGGCGUCCAGAAAGAGAGAAUACAGCCAGAAGACAUGUUUGUGUGUGACAUGGAAGAGAGGGACAUCAGCUGUCCACCUGCCUGGAAGAAUUUAAGGAAGAGCCAGUGCACACCGCUUUUUAUGAAUGCUUACAUAAUGAGAGGGGCACAGGCAGUAAUACACACCCACUCCAAGGCUGCUGUCAUGGCAACACUGCUGUAUCCCGGCAAAGAGUUCAGGAUAACACACCAGGAGAUGAUCAAGGGGAUUCGUAAGGGCACCUCAGGCACCAACUAUCGAUAUGAUGACAGCCUGGUUGUGCCUAUUGUUGAAAAUACACCGGAGGAAAAAGACUUAAAGGACCGGAUGGCCAGGGCAAUGGAGGAAUACCCCGACUCAUGUGCUGUCCUCGUCCGUCGACACGGCGUUUAUGUCUGGGGCGAGUCGUGGGAAAAAGCCAAGACCAUGUGUGAAUGCUACGACUACCUGUUCGACAUCGCCGUCCAGAUGAAGCAGUGUGGACUGGACCCUUCUGCCCUCCCGACAGAAGAAUGGGAAUAAUUUGACAUUCACUGGCGCUUUUUAAAGAGACAUUUGUUGAAGAAAGGUCAGUGAAGUUCAAUCAGGAGAGUUUAUUGUAAUCAUUUGCCUUUCACGCCAGCCUGCUUCAGAUGUGAUGGUAAUGGCAGAUCCAGGAGUGAAGGAGAUUGAAUGCCUGUGAUCCAGAAGCACCCGGAGGUACGCUGAAAAGCACUAUGGGACAACUCUUGAAUGAGCAGCGGGCAAAUAAAGGUCUUCAGGUUCAAAUGAUUUCCUAUUCAAGUUUGUCUGCACUGCAAUCAUGGUCCUGGUGCAUGUCAGGCCAUAAUAUACAGUAUUAUGCAUCUCAAUUGAUCUAUGAUGGUGAUUAAAUGCCUUUGCUUUAAUCUAUAAAAACUGAAGGGAUGUAGAUUGUGAGCCUAAAUUAUUUUUCCUUUACCUUUUAAAAAAAUCCAUCCUUCCAUCUUCUGCAUAUUGAAUCCGGGUCGCAGUCCAGACUUACUGCUUUCCCGAAAAAUGUUUUCAAGCUUUAAACAAUCUGAAUAAAUAAAAUGUAAACCAACUUUC